UUAUCGACAAUUCCAAAAUAAUAACUAGGGUUUAAGCUCUGCUUUCCUUUACUUCGUCUUCCUCACUCCUAAAACCCUCUCAGUCUCUCCAUUUCCCGGAGCAAAAAUAGCUCUCCGACCAUGAAGUUUGGAUCUUUACCAUCCAAAUCCCUUCUCUUCCGCCUCUCUUCUUCCUCCACAACCCAAUCUCACCGUCGAACAAUUACCCUUUUCAUCACUAACAUUCAUUCCUCUCCAUUCUCCACCACAACCACCUCCGGCUCCAAUUUCGUCUCCGGAUCCAGCCAUUCUCCCUCUCGACGUCCUCAGCAAGACGAAGAGUCCCGAUCCGUUAGGGUUUCGGUCUGGUGGGACUUCCUGAGCUGUAACUUACCUGUAGACACCAAUGUCUACAAAGUAGCACAAUCAAUCACCGCCGCUAUCAGAAACAGCGGAAUCAAAGGACCAAUCACAAUCACAGCCUUCGGUGACGUUUUACAGCUCCCCAGAUCAAACCAAGACGCUCUCUCCGCUACAGGAAUCAGUCUCACUCAUGUUCCUAACGGUGGUAAGAACAGUGCUGAUAGAUCUCUAAUCACAGAUCUUAUGUGUUGGGUUUCUCAGAAUCCACCACCAGCUCAUCUUUUGCUAAUCUCUAGUGAUAAGGAGUUUGCAAGUGUGUUACAUAGAUUGAGGAUGAACAAUUACAACAUUUUGCUUGCGAGUAAAUCAUCAGCUCCUGGUGUUUUGUGUAGUGCUGCUUCUAUUAUGUGGGAUUGGGAUGCUUUGAUUAAAGGAGAGUGUGUUACUGGUAAGCAUUUUAAUCAGCCUCCUGAUGGUCCUUAUAACUCUUGGUAUGGUCACUAUAGGAUUCCUCUUCUUGAUCCAUUUGCUAUUGCUACCACUACUGAGCAAUCUUCGUCUAGUGUGAAAAUCGAAGAACUAUCCGAGUCUGUGAAUUCGAAUGCUGUUGUUAACCUUCGUCCUAUUCCAAAAGAAGUUGUUGAUAAGAUUCGUUCGAUAGUGAGUUUAUAUCCCAAGGGGGCUGCCAUUACAGAACUACGUGCUGAGCUGAGUAAGAGCAACUUGGCUAUUGAUAAAGAUUUCUAUGGACAUAAGAAGUUUUCGAAGUUUCUUUUAUCCAUGCCAGAUAUCUUACAGGUUACUACAGUAAGUGAAGGCUUGUUUAUGAUUCGGGCUGUUACCGAAAAGAAGCCUCCGAUGCGGCUUGAUUCUAGUCCUCGUUUGUCUACUGCUGUUGAUCAGAAGAUUAAAGAUAAGGAAACUGUUAAUGCUCCAUCACCAAAGCUAAUUAGCGAUGUAGAGCUUGCUGCUGAAAGAAGAAGAGAUGGCUUACUUGGAAAGAAGCAGGAAAAGGUAUUGGAGAGUGAUAAAAUUGUUAAAGAAGAAUCAUCAGAGAGUUCUCAAGACCCAAUUCUGGUCGGCCAGAAGGAUGUUAAGGCAAAUGUUAAACCCGUCGAGACGAAUCAAGUCGCUCUUGUUGCGUGGAGUGAUUCGUCCAUGGAAGAUGGCUUUUUUCAAAAGCUAAAAAGACUGUGGUAUGGUUCACCUGAGAUGGAAUUAGAGCAUCUCCCAGAAAUGAAGAGCGUUUCUGGAAGUGGAGACACACAUAGAGAGGAUAAUGACUUAAAGUCAUCAAGUCAGGGAAGUGGAAACAAACAUAAAGAGGAUAAGGACUUAAAGUCAUCGAGUCAGGGAACUGUGCCCAUGUCUCAAAUCUCACCUUCUUUCGUUGCUGAGUCGGUCGAUGAGGUAAAAGUUGGAGCUGAUGACGUAGACAGUAAAGAUAAAGAUGCAAGUCCAGGCUUUUUAGGUCGCCUUUUGAAGAGUUUCAAGUUCUGGGGAAAGAAUACAAAGUCUAGCAAAGACUCUAGUGGGAAUCAGGAGCUUGUCAAUGUUGAUUCUCAAGUACAAGACAUAUUUGCAAAAGAGUAUUUUUGGAGUGAUAUUGAAUCUUUCAUUAAUUCUCCAAGAGGCUUUGCUAUAGUAUCUCACUCGAGGACAAGGGAGGUGAUGGCUAAAAAUGUGCAGGAGGAAGGGCCUUCGUGUCUCAGACUGCUCGAUGAAUCAAGCAUGCUUCAUUUAGUUACUUUGCUAAUAUCAGAAAAGAAAUGGAUUGAAGAAACCCCAUCUUCUUCUUUACCAUUCAGAAUCAUCAAAGGAUCUAGCCCUGGCCACCGUCAUGCUUCAAACGGUUUGAGCUCAAUCUUCUCGGAUUCUUCAAAAUCACAGUGGCAGAAACAAAAUGGUGAGAAAAGCGGCAAGAACGUUGCUCAUGCUGGAGUUUCUGUUGGUUCUGUGGACCGGAAAGAGCUGGAAAGAUACAAAAGUAAUGCAAUAGCGGAUUGUCAGAAGAUGAUAAAGAAGAUAACAGAGGAACACCCUGAAGGGUAUAGCCUGAUUCGUUUCAGGAAAGACUUCUUAGAGGAGUAUGGGUACCAUUUAGCGGUUGACAAGCUCGGUUACGACAACCUGCAGUCUCUGAUUCGAGUCAUGCAUGGAGUGAGAAUAGCAUCUGGAUACAUCUUUCCUUCAACUCCUUCACCAAAUGCCAAGUCAAAAGAAGAUGAUUCGGACUUGGCAUUCGCAGAACUUGGUCCAGUUUCUGAUACAACAACUACCCACCCGACGACCAAAAAGCUUCCAGUAUAUGAACCAUCACUCUCAGAGGAUGAAGAAGAUUCUGGUUCAGAGAGAGAUAACCCAGAGAAGAAGAAGCAACAGAUGAUGAGUAAAGAAGGUAAAGAGAGCUCGUUAUUGCAAAUUCUGGAUUCUUAUUACACAAAUAAAGAUGGAGAAUUGAAGGAGAAUCCGGUGGAGAGGAAGCUUGUAAGCAACGGUAGAAAGCAAAAGCCUACAAAGACGUAUUCUUUUGUGAAAGAUUCAGAAGUCUAGUGAGUCAGAGGGUUGUUUACUGUUUAAUUAACAAUCUCCCGAGGAAUUGAGUGUAAUUAGUUGAAGCCGGUUUUGGGUUUGGUCUAUGGUAAACCGAAUCCGGUUAAGGAGAAAUAAGAUUAAUAUGGUUCAAACUCUUUUCAGUGGCAAGUCGCAUCGUAUGCAUUUAUUGAUAGGUUUUACUGUAUUACGUGAUUUUUUAAAUUAAAUUUUGGUUCUU